GGUUUCCUGGCAUAUGCUUCGAUCCUCCUGGCUCUCUGCUUCCUCCUGAUCUUCUUCCUCGCCCCCCGUUAUGGCCAGAGCAACAUCCUCGUCUACCUCACCAUCUGCUCCGUUAUCGGCGCCUUCUCCGUGUCCUCAGUCAAGGGCUUGGGAAUUGCCAUCAAGGGCUUCUUUGCUGGCCAGCCUGUGCUGCAGCACCCACUGACCUGGAUCCUGGUCAUCACGCUGGUGGCAUCCAUCACCACACAGAUCAACUACCUCAACAAGUCUCUAGACAUUUUCAACACCUCUUUGGUGUUCCCCAUCUACUACGUGCUGUUCACCACCAUCGUCAUCGCCACUUCCAUCAUCCUCUUUAAGGAGUGGGUCACCAUGACCGUGGUUGACAUCAUUGGCACAGUCUGUGGCUUCCUCACCAUCAUUUUGGGGGUGUUUUUACUCCAUGCUUUCAAAGACAUGGAUGUCAGUUUAGGGAAUUUACCCCAAGUCCUGCAGAAUGAGCAGCCAGCGCCGGUCACCAGAGAUGACAAGAACAUCCUGAUAGAGGUGGACAACUCCAGCAUUGCCCCAGAGGAUAAACCCAAAACACUUGCAUGAACUCUAAAAUACACACCAGCGUCUCAAGAGGAGGUGGGAGACAAGGACUGAACGGUGCUAUUCAGACUCGGCUCAUCCAUGUUUAAUCACUUGCUCUGCAAAGAAGGGGACGUGAAUAUGGGCAAAAUAUGGUGAAUUUUGCAAUAGCUGCUCACUCAGGCUCAGUGGCAGGACUCAAGCCAUGGAGUAUUUUUACAGAGAGAUCUUCUCCAGCUUUUGUUUUUUUGUGAGGUGCAGGAGUUUCCCUGGAGCAGUGUUAAUUAUUUUUAUGGGAGUUUUGUUUGUUGGGUUGUUUUUUUUUCCUGAGCUGCUCUGGUACCUAAGCCUUGGUGAAGUUGCUGGGCCUGACCCAGACCCCACCUGAGGAAGGGAAAUCCCUGCUCAGGUUGGGGAGCUCUGGCAGGGCAAACCCCGUGUCAAGAGAAACUUGAAAUCUGUCUCCAAGAUUUCUCGUGACAAUUUUUCCAGUCUGAAAGACCAAGUGGCUUCAAAUGUUAAAUAUUUUUCCCUUGGGAAAUACCUUGACCUUGAAAAAUCCCCCAAAUUCUUUGAGCCCUAAGAGGUGUCCCACUGUCCUCUGAAAUGCUCACCUGAUUAUAUCUGGGUGUGAGCAUCACUGAGCAAAUACAGUCUGGGGCUUUGGGAGAGAGGACAAUGCAAUCUAUUUUAAUAACAUUUCAGUGCUAUCUUUUUGGAAUGUGGGAAGGGAAAUAAAGGGUUUUUUUAAAAAACAACAACAACAACAACAACAUAGUUUCAGGUGGAUCUGAAAGUUUUUCAUUACUUCAUCUUACUGGUGUAGCCCUAAAGGAUGAAGAGGCUGAGAAACAGCUGAGAGCAACAAAGAGCAUCUGGAGCAGAGUAAAACAGCAGCGACCUCCUUUGGUGGCAGAAAAUAAUCCAAGUCGCUCACUCCAGCUUUGGUUUUGGCAUCCUAAUCAGUGUGGUGCUUUGUGCAUUUUAUUUUAGAAAAUGGCUGUAAAUGGGACUCAUCUUUCUUCACUCUAGAAGUGCAUUUCUUUAAAGCAAUCCUGCCAUCCCUGGAGAAAU